AUGGAGCCCGCCGAACCAGGGUCCGGGGCCGACAACGAGCCCGACGACGCCUUAGUCGCGGCGCCGGACGAAGCCGAGGCGCUGCGCCCCGACGACGAGCUCGAGGCGCUCUACACCUGCACCCCGAACGCGCUCAGCGCGCCCGAGGCGGCGCUCGACCCCGACGCCGACGCCUACGCGGCGCUGAACCUCGAGGACGCGGAGAAGGAGAUCCUGCGGCAGGUCGCGCGGGACGAGGUCGAGGCGCGCCUCGAGGACUGCGGCGCCGAGGACGUCGCGCUCGCGAGUUUGUACGCCGAGUGCCGGCGCUACGAGGCCAUCGAGCGAGAAAGAGUCUCGUCCAUCCUGCGGGGCCUGCGGUCCCAGGGCGCGGCGCUCCGCGAGAUGAUGGACGCGCACCGCGGGGCCGUGCGGGGCUGCGCGGGGCUGCUGCGGCCGUCCGUCGCCGGCGCGCGCGCGCUCGCGCUGUCCGUGGCCAAGGGGUCGCGGGCCAUCGUGCACCGGGCCAUCCGCCACAUGGCCGUGUGCACGACGGUGGGGUCGCGCGCGCGCGCGUCCGUCGUCGACGCCGCGUCCUCCGUGGCGCUGCGCUGCGGCGCGGACGUGGAAUUGCAGCAGACGGCGGCGGGCUUGGUCGCGUGGUUCGCGAACGUCGUCUGCAAGCAGUCCUUCAAGGCGCUGCGGGACGCGCUGCUGGAGGCGGCGCUGGAGCUGCGGCGCGCGGAGGCGGGCGACACCGGCGCCCGCGACGAGUUCGCGCGCCCCUUCGCGACCUUCGCGGAAUUGGACGACGACCCCAAGGCCGACGCGGUCUUUAGGCUCCGCCGCGCGCUCCGGUCCGCGCGGGCCGCCGCGGCGGCCCGCGCGGCCGAGGGCGCGGGCGCCGCGGCAUUGCGCGUCGCCGACGCCGGGCGCGUCGCGGCGCGGGACUGCGCGCGGCGGGCGAAGGGCGGCGCCGCGGGCGGCGCGGCGGAGCCCGCGGCGGAGCCCGCGGUCGUGUCCGCGGCGCAGUACGAGCUCGUGCUCGCCAUCGGCCGGGCCGCGGGCCUGCCCGAGCGCACGCGCUG